AUGAAUAAAGGUUCAUAUAUGGGUGGUAGAAACAAUGCACAGACGGAGAGCAAUAUAUUAGUCGAGGAAACAGAGAAGCUUGUAGGUUCCUAUCCUUUUAAUAAUGUGUUAGAUGACCACUUGAAAAAGAGUAACUCAGGUGUAAAUAAUAGUGGGAACGUAAUAAAAAAAAAAAAAAGUAAUAAUAAUAAUAAUAAUAAUUCUGCAUUUCAUAAAUCACUCGCUGUGGUAAAUGUAGCAGCAGGUUUAGAUGGAUGUGAUGAUCAAUUAUUACCAGCAAGUUUCAGAGCAUUAGAAGCAGAUUUAAAUUUACAUCCUUCUUUAUUAGGGUAUAUUACAUUAGCUCAAACAUUAAUGUUAAGUUUAUUUAGUCCUAUAUGGGGUUUUUUAUCAGAUAAAUAUUCAAGAAAGUGGAUGCUUGUUUUUGGAACUGCUUUAUGGGGUGUAGCUACAGUACUUCUAGCACACAUAAAUGAUUUUGCUCAAAUUUUAUUUUUUAGAGCUAUAAAUGGUUUAGCGUUAGGUAGUAUUGGUCCAAUUUCUCAAAGUAUAUUAGCAGAUGCUGCAAAAAAUGAAUCCUUAGGAUUAUCUUUCGGUCUAGUACAAUUAUCUUCAAGUAUUGGCAGAUUAAUUGGAGGAGUUGUAACAACAACUGUGGCAUUAAAAUAUUUUGCAGGUAUUAGAGGUUGGAGGUUAUGUUUUAUGCUUGUUGGUAUAUUGAGUAUAUUACUUAGUAUCGUAGUAACUUUAUUUGUAGAUGAUGCACCAAGACAAGUAAGGAAAAAACCUAAAACUGAAUAUUUAGAUGAAGAUAAUAAUACCUAUGGUAGUACAAAUACAAUAGGAGGAACGACAGAGGGUAGAAUAAGUGCAAAACAUACACAAUCAUAUAUAUUAUAUCGAAAUGUUAUUGAAUUACUUAAAGAUAGUUUAUCAAAAAGAAGUAUUAUCAUAAUUCUUUUAGAAGGGUUUACAGGUACAAUUCCAUGGUUAGCUUUAAGUUUUAAUACAAUGUUUUUUCAAUAUUGUGGAUUAAGUGACUUACAAGCAGCUAUCAUAACUGGAUUUUUACUUAUCGGAUCAGCAUUAGGAGGAGUUAUAGGUGGACAUUUUGGGGAUAUAAUGCAUGAUAUUUCUAAUAAACAUGGAAGACCAUUUUUAGGUCAACUAGCUAUGUUUGGACGAGUACCACUUGUUGUAUUAACAUAUCUUAUCAUACCAAAAACAAAAGAAAGUUUUGAAUUAUUUGCCUUAUCUUGUUUUUUUCUUGGUCUAUCAUCAAUUGCAGGUGUAGCAGUUAAUAGACCAAUCGUAUCAGAUAUUAUUAGACCAGAUUAUAGAGGAACCGUAUUUUCAUUAACCAUAGCAGUUGAAGGAGUAGGUUCAUCACUUAUAGGUGCACCAUUAUUUGGUUAUUUAGCAGAAAAAGUUUUUAAGUAUGAAAAUAAUAAUUUAUUAAUAUCUGAAAUGCCAGAAGAAAUUAGAAAAAAUAAUGCCGAGGCACUUUCCAAAACAUUGCUUUACCUUACUGUUGUACCAUGGAUUUUAUCCUUUGUCUUUUAUAGUCUUCUACAUUUUACCUAUGGUAAGGAAUAUGCACAGAUGAACGAAAUUAUAGAAACUGAGUACAAAUACGAUGAUGAAGACGAGGAAACAAUUGCAGAGAAGCUAAAAAUGUGA